AUGUUUAGAUCAUUGACUGGAAAUGAAUUUGUCUGUAAUUGUCACACCGUUGAAUUUGUUCACAAAUUUCGUGCAAAUGGAUCUCAUCUUUUUGAUUCUGUAAUUUGUCAUGAACCAAAGCAAUUACGAGGACGUGCAAUAACAUCUUUACAAAAAGAUGAUUUAGUUUGUACUGAAGCGAUUAAAGAUGUUUGCGUUGAAGAUGGAUAUUAUUGUCCAUCUGGCUGUAGUUGUCAUGAAACAAUUGUACGUUGUUCAAACAAAAAUUUCAAAGAAUUUCCAGUUGGUAUAUCUAUCAGAACUACCGAAUUAUUUUUAGAUUCAAAUGAUAUUACCUAUAUUUCUCAUGAACUGAAUAAACUAAAAAAUCUAAUCAAGUUAGAUUUGAGUCAUAAUCGGAUAGCCUCAAUCGAAAAAGGAGCAUUUAGAAAUUUAACAAAACUUUCGACGUUAAUUCUUAGCUACAACAAGCUUCAAUGUUUGGAAGAAGGUGCAUUCUCGAAUCUGACCAAUUUACGCAUUCUUUCACUACAUGGAAACGAUAUUUCAGUUUUGCCAGAAUCAGCUUUUGUCAACUUACAUAAUAUCACUCAUAUAGCUCUGGGCAGUAAUUCACUGUACUGUGAUUGCCGUAUCGCUUGGUUUAGCCGUUGGAUCAAAAGUCGAUUUAUUGAAGCUGGCAUCGCUCGUUGUGAACUUCCAUUACACUUCCGAAAUCAAUUACUUCUUUCAGCUAAUGAACGUCAAUUCAAAUGCGAUGAAAAAGUACCAAAAAAUGUGAUUGCUAAAUGCGAUGCUUGCGUUGAAAAUCCGUGUAAAAAUAGCGGUAUAUGUGAACGUACGCAUGGAAAGAAGUUUACUUGUAAAUGCGCUCCCAGUUUCCAUGGAAAAUACUGUGAGAAUAAAAUAGAUGCUUGUUAUGGUGAACCGUGCCUGAAUGGUGGCACUUGCAAAAUACUUCAAGAUGGACGGUUUAAAUGUCACUGCGUUAAAGGCUUCGAAGGUGAUCGAUGUCAAAAAAAUAUUGAUGAUUGUGCGCAUAAUAAAUGUCAGAAUAAUGCAAUUUGCAUUGAUUUGAUCAAUUCAUAUGAAUGUAAAUGUCCACCAAUGCAUAUUGGACGUUUUUGUGAAGAAAAAGUGGAAUAUUGUUCCAAAAAAAUGAAUCCAUGUGCUAAUGGCGGAAUUUGUGUACGUCAUGCUCAGUCUUACAAAUGUAAUUGUUCGCCAGGUUUCACCGGUUCCAACUGCACAAUAAACAUCGACGACUGCAAAAAUAAUUUAUGCAAAAAUAAUGCCCUUUGCAUUGAUGGUAUACAAUCUUAUCAAUGUGAAUGUGUAAAUGGCUACACUGGAAAAUUCUGUGAACUUCCAUCUAUCUCGGCUGAUCAUUAUCCCAAUACAUCACCGUGUCAUGCACAUUCUUGUGAUCAUGGUAUAUGCCAUGAAUUAGACGAUGACAUAGUGUGUGAAUGUACAGAAGGCUAUACUGGCAAGCAUUGUGAUGAACUUCGUGCUGUUGGAUUUGUUUUGGAUGAUUCUUAUAUUGCAUUAGAACCGUUAAUUACUUUUCCUGAAGGAAAUCUUACUUUUACAUUGAUUACGACGGCCAGCACGGGAGUGAUAUUAUAUCAUGGAGAUGAUGCUCAUUUAUCGAUUGAAUUAUACGAUGGAAGAUUAAAAAUUUCAUUUUGCGUUGGUAAUCUUCCUUCCUCUCAUAUGUACAGCUACAAUACUGUACAUGAUGGAUAUCCACAUCGGAUACAAAUUUAUAUCAAAGGAAAAGCGUUAACGCUAAAGAUUGACAAUUAUGAUUCUCAAACAGUUGUCAAUAGUGGACCUAAAGAAAUGUUUACUUUAGCAACAAAGCACUUUUUAUACUUCGGAGGCAUUCCAACUUCAAUUGCUAGUAAAGCUAUUGCUGCUUUUCAUCUCAAGCAUACUCAUAGCUUAAAAGGAUGUCUUUCCGAUUUACACAUCAACAAGGUAGCUGUUGAUUUCCAGAAAGCAGAAAAAUUGGAAAAGAUUUUACACGGUUGUGCAAAAAGUGUUGAUUUAUGUAAAGGCGUAGAAUGUAACAGUGGUAAUUGUAUUACUAAUACUUCCUUAUCUACUGGUUUUACUUGCCACUGCCCUUCUGGUUAUAGUGGAAAAUAUUGUGAAAAACGAGAGAUUUUUUGUACUAAAGAAACCUUUCGAGAACAUUAUGAAGUAGAUGGAUGCCGAUCAGUAGAACAAAUUAAAAAUGCUCGAUGUCAUGGAUGGUGUGGUCAUGAUAAUAAACAAUGUUGUAUGGUUGUUAAAAGUAAAAGACGUAGGUUAAAAAUGCAUUGUAAAAAUGGUAGUACUAUUUCACGGAUUGUUCACAUUGUUAGAAAAUGUCAGUGCAUUAUAGAUGCAGUUUGUUCUAGUACGUAG